GUAAAUUACACAAGAACGUAGUCAUAGGAGUAAUGUAAAAGUGAAAGCUUUGGAAAAUAUUUUCCGAACGGCAACUCAAAUGGCGACAUCAUUCAAAUUCAAGCCCUUGACGAUUUCGAUCCUUCUACUCUUCCUCUGCAAUGCGAUCGCCUCAAGUGCGUCCGGUUCUUCUUCUACCACGAUGCACACCAACAAUUGGGCUAUUCUUGUCUGUACCUCCCGCUUCUGGUUUAAUUAUCGGCAUAUGGCCAAUACUUUAUCCUUAUACAGAACGGUGAAACGAUUAGGAAUUCCAGAUGAGAGGAUAAUUCUCAUGCUGGCUGAUGAUAUGGCUUGUAAUGCUCGGAACAAGUAUCCUGCCCAGGUCUUCAAUAAUGAAAACCAUCGACUCAACUUGUAUGGAGACAAUGUUGAGGUAGACUACCGAGGUUAUGAGGUGACUGUCGAAAACUUUUUGCGAAUAUUGACUGGCCGUCAUGAAACAGCAGUUCCAAGGUCAAAACGACUACUGAGUGAUGAAGGCAGUCAUAUACUUCUUUAUAUGACUGGGCAUGGUGGGGAUGAGUUUCUAAAAUUUCAAGACUCAGAGGAGCUUCAAAGCCAUGAUUUAGCUGAUGCAGUGAAACAAAUGAAGGAAAAGCGCAGAUUUAAAGAGCUGCUGAUAAUGGUAGAUACUUGCCAGGCAGCCACUCUAUUUUCCCAGCUACAAUCACCUGGUGUUUUGGCUAUUGGAAGUAGCAAGAAAGGAGAGAAUUCAUACUCACAUCACUUGGACUCUGAUGUUGGUGUAUCGGUUGUAGACCGAUUUACAUUUUUUACUCUUGCCUUCUUUGAGAGGUUAAAUAUGUAUGACAAUGCCUCAUUGAGCAGUCUUUUCACUUCGUACAAUCCAAAUACAUUGAUGUCAACUGCAUACUAUCGAACUGAUUUAUACCAACGGCGGUUGGAGGAGGUACCAGUGACCAACUUCUUUGGUUCUGUCAUGGAAACCAUUCACACGGAUUCGCCUUAUCGGGCCUUCUCAAACCGAUACUACAGAAAAUCUAAAACUGAGAUGCCUUCGGAUCAAUCUGGUGGGGGUAACCAAAGAGCAUUAGAAGAUUCAGACGUUCUAGAAGAAUUGGCAGACCCUAAACUAAAUGCUAUACAAGUUGGUUGCCCACUUACACACACUUGGAAUACAAUUCUGGGCCGGAUGGAAAAGAUAACACAAAUAGAUAAUUUUGUUAACUGUGGUGUAGUGUUGAUGUUCCCGAUUGUGGCCCUCUCAUCUUGGUUUUCGCACUGAAGCUAAGAAACACCAUAUACCGACCACCCGUUCAGGGAACAUUUUCUUUGAAUGCCAAAUUGCACCACUUUUUUUUAUCUCAUCUAAGCUUGACAGAGAGGUUCUGCUUGCUUUAUUCAAUGUGUUGAUUGUUGCUCAAAGGUUACAGCAUAGCUUGAUUAAGAAUCUCGGUGGUCUCAUCAAGGAUGCUAUAACCCCAUAAUUAUUCUUGAUAAAUCCUUUUCUUUCUUAUUUUUUCGCACCAUAUUGUACCAUUUCCAAUGUGUGGUAUUUCUGUUAUGUUGCUUCUGCACAUCAUAUACUACCUUUGUAUCACAGACAAGUGCUUCUUGUAUAUAUUGGCCUAUAUGUAUAUUUUUUUUCUCCAGCCCAAAAAAAAAUAAAAAAAAAUUGGUUUCUUGGGUUUUGAGGCUCUUGAA